AUGAAGUUUUCUCAUUCAUUGAAAUUUAAUGCUGUUCCAGAAUGGCAAGAUAAUUAUAUUAAUUAUCCUACAUUGAAAAAAACUAUUUAUAAAUUACAACAAGAUCAACUUGUUCAUAAUGGGAAUCAAGAUCAAGGUUUUAUUGUUGGUACUAAUCAAACUACUGUUAGUCAAUUGGUUAAAGAUUUUGAACAUAUUCAAAGCACUGCUAACACCACCACCACCACCAACAUCAAAAACACUAAUGGUGUUGAAGUUGAUGAUGAAAAAACUAAUAAACAUAAUCAUCCAUUUGGUGAUAAUAUAAUAAAACAUCGAUUAACUAAAAACAUCAUUUCUAAAUUCAAAAGAAAUAACAACACCAAUGCCACCAACAAUUCUAAUAAUUAUGGUAGUGAAAGUGAUUUAGAAAUCAAUCAAACUAGUUUAGAUAAUGAAAAAGAAUCAGAAACUAAAUCAUUUACUGGUGAAUUAGAAUAUACUUCAACUUCUUCCAAUGGUGAACAUGACACCACCACCACUGCCACUAAACAUGAAUUGAUAUUACAACAAAUUUUGAAUUCUAAUGAUGAAUCAUAUAUUAAUCCUAAAUCAUUAACAUUUGAUCCAUUAAAAAUUUUCACUAAACAAUUAAUUGGUGAAUUAAUUAAAAUUAAUCAAUUUUACAAUUCAAAAGAAUCGGAAAUUUUCAAAAUUUAUAAUAAUUUAAUUCAUGAUUUACAAAAUCAAAAUAUUAAUAUUGAUGAUGUAUUUAAAUUCACUCAAGCUUAUAAUUAUUCCGAUCCAAAUAUAAUAAAUACUGAUGAUCAUCAUCAAUAUCAUUUAAAAUCAACUUUAUCAAGAACAGUUACUAAUGCUAGUGUAUUUGAUACCAUUAAUCAUAUUGAUAAUGAUUAUGAUAAUAAUAAUAACAACCAAAAGAAUAAUUAUGAUUUGGAGAAACAAAAUAAUACUACAGUUGCAAUUCAUGAUGAUGAUGAUUCAGAAGACGAUGAAGAAGAAGAGGAAGAAGAAACUCAUAGUCAUGAUUCAGUAUUACUUAAUCAUACACAUUUUAAUGUUAAACAACAAUUAAAAAUCACAUUAAAACGUAAAGCCAUUACAUUAUUUAUAAAUCUUUCUGAAUUAAAAUCAUUUAUUGAAUUGAAUAGAAUUGGAUUCACGAAAAUUUGUAAAAAAUUUGAUAAAACUUGUGGUUAUUCAAUUAAACAAGAUUUUAUUAAUGAAUUUUUACCUCAAUAUUCUCGAGUAUUUGAAAAUGAUACCAUUGAAGAAUUAGAUUAUAAAUUGAAUCAAAUUAUUAAAAUUUAUGCCUUUUUAUCAAAUAAAUUAACUACUCAAUCAACAACUAAAGAAGAUUUGGAUAAUAUAAAAUUUGAAUUAAGAUCUUAUUUACGUGAUCAUAUUGUAUUUGAAAGAAAUACCGUUUGGAAAGAUUUAUUAUCAUUAGAAAAGAAAUCUUAUAAUAUUGAUUUAGAUAAUUCUGUGGUUCAAAAUAAUAAAAUGGGUGAUGAAGGUCAUAUAAUUAAUUCAAUGAUGAAUUUAUCCAUGAAAAGAAUUAAUUUACCACAAUGCCUUAAAAAAUUGAUUAAAUAUGAUCAUAUUGAUAUUCCACAAUUUUUAUUAACUACUCAAAUGCUUAAAAUUAUUAUUAUUGUCAUUGUUUUCAUUAUAUUAUUAGCAGUGAAAACUUUUAAUGAUCCAGUUCAAGGUCGUUGUUUAGCAGUAUUAGUUGCUGCUGCCAUGCUUUGGGCUUCAGAAGCAUUACCUUUAUACACUACAGCUUUAUUAAUCCCACUUUUGGUUGUUACUUGUAAAGUUUGUAAAACUCCGGGAACCGAUGAUCCAAUGGAUGCCACCAAGGCAUCACAAUAUAUUUUUGGGACAAUGUGGAAUUCCACAAUUAUGAUAUUAAUUGGUGGGUUUACAUUAGCUGCUGCAUUAUCAAAAUAUAAUCUUGCCAAAAUAUUAUCAUCAUAUAUUUUAGCAUUAGCAGGUACAAAUCCAAGAAAUGUAUUAUUGGCAAUCAUGUGUGUAUCAUUAUUUCUUUCCAUGUGGAUUUCUAAUGUUGCUGCCCCCGUUUUAUGUUUUUCAUUAAUUCAACCAGUUUUAAGAAGUAUCCCCACAGAUUCCCCCGUUGCUAAAGCAUUAGUGUUAGGGAUCGCUUUGGCGUCUGAUGUUGCUGGUAUGGCUUCACCAAUUGCAUCUCCACAAAAUGUUAUUGCUCUUGAAUCAAUGAAUCCUAAUCCAGGUUGGGGGAAAUGGUUUGCUGUGGCAUUACCUGUGGCAAUCAUUAGUUUAAUUUUAAUUUGGGUGGAAUUAUUCAUGACGUUUAAAAUCAAUAAUGUUAAAAUCAAACAAUUCAAACCAAUUAAAGAAAAAUUAACCAUGAAACAAUGGUUUGUAUUUGCCGUCACUAUAACUACUAUUCUUUUAUGGUGUGUUAUGCAAAAAAUUGAUGGAACAUUUGGUGAAUCAGGUAUAAUCACUUGUAUCCCAAUUGUAUUAUUUUUCGGUACCGGUUUAUUAAAAGUUGAUGAUUUAAAUAAUUAUCCUUGGUCAAUUGUUAUGUUAGCCAUGGGUGGUAUUGCAUUAGGGAAAGCCGUUACUUCUUCAGGUUUAUUGAAAACUAUUGCUUUAGCAUUACAAAAACGAAUUAUGCAUUAUGAUGCCAUUGUUGUAUUAAUCAUUUUUGGAGCAUUAAUUUUGGUGGUAGCUACAUUUGUAAGUCAUACUGUAUCAGCACUUAUUAUUAUCCCCUUGGUUAAAGAAGUUGGAGAUUCAUUACCUAAACCUCAUCCAUUAAUGCUUAUUAUGGGUGUAGCUUUAAUUGCUUCAGGGGCAAUGGGAUUACCAACUUCAGGAUUCCCUAAUGUGACGGCAAUUGGUAUGAGAGAUGAAGUUGGUAAACCUUAUUUGACGGUUAAUUUAUUUAUUACUAGAGGGGUUCCGGCAAGUAUAAUUGUUUAUGUUUGUAUUAUCACCAUUGGUUAUGGUAUUAUGUCAUCAUUGAACUUUUAA